AUGCAGCUGAACACCAUGUCUCACCUUCCCCAAGAGCCCGAGUUCGAGCAGGCCUAUGGCGAGCUCGCCUCUGCCCUCGAGAACAGCUCUCUCUUCAACGAGCACCCCGAGUAUCGUACUGCCCUUGCUGUGGCCGCCAUCCCUGAGCGUGUCAUUCAGUUCCGUGUCGUCUGGAACGACGACAAGGGUAACCUACAGGUCAACCGCGGUUAUCGAGUCCAGUUCAACGGUGCCCUUGGCCCCUACAAGGGUGGUCUUCGAUUCCACCCCAGCGUCAACCUGUCCAUUCUCAAGUUCCUUGGUUUCGAACAAAUCUUCAAGAAUGCCCUGACUGGCCUCAACAUGGGUGGUGGCAAGGGUGGUGCCGACUUCGACCCCAAGGGCAAGUCUGAUGCCGAGAUUCGACGAUUUUGCCAGGCUUUCAUGACUGAGCUGUCCAAGCACAUUGGUGCCGAGACUGAUGUUCCUGCUGGUGAUAUUGGUGUCGGUGGCCGAGAGAUCGGUUACCUCUUUGGCGCCUACCGCAAGCUUCGCAACCGUUGGGAGGGUGUCCUCACUGGAAAGGGUCUUUCAUGGGGUGGUAGCUUGAUCCGACCUGAGGCUACUGGCUACGGUCUCGUCUACUAUGUCGAGUACAUGCUUAAGCACGCCAACCGUGGCACCUUCGAGGGCAAGCGUGUCGCUCUCUCCGGCUCCGGAAAUGUCGCCCAAUACGCUGCUCUCAAGAUCAUCGAGCUUGGUGGUUCUGUUGUCUCUCUUUCCGACUCCAAGGGUGCUCUCGUCGCUAAGGAGGGUUCUUCAUUCACACCCGAGCAAAUCCACAACAUUGCUGCCCUCAAGAUCAAGCACCAAGCCCUGACCACUUUCGAGCACGAUGGACAGUUCACAUGGAUUGAGGGCGCCCGCCCCUGGGUCCAUGUUGGUAAGGUCGACAUUGCUCUCCCCAGUGCUACUCAGAACGAGGUCAGCAAGGAGGAGGCCCAGGCUCUCGUUGAUGCUGGCGCUUUCAUCGUCGCUGAGGGUUCCAACAUGGGUUGCACUGCUGAGGCUAUUGAUGUCUUCGAGGCUCACCGCAAGGAGAAGGGUGCUGAAGCGCUCUGGUACGCUCCCGGCAAGGCCUCCAACUGUGGUGGUGUCGCUGUUUCUGGCCUUGAGAUGGCCCAGAACAGCCAGCGUAUCCAGUGGACUGAGAAGGAGGUUGAUGACCGCCUGAAGGCCAUCAUGAAGGAUGCCUUUGUCGCUGGUCUUGAGACUGCUCAGAAGUACGUCGAGGCCAAGGAGGGUGAGCUUCCCAGCUUGAUUGCUGGUAGCAACAUCGCCGGUUUCAUCAAGGUCGCCGAGGCCAUGCACGACCAGGGUGAUUGGUUCUAA